AUGGUUGUUGGUGGCGACGACGACACAAACCACGAGCAGAUCGAUGGCGAAGAGUUAAGGGAGAAAGAAGAGGCAAUGGUUGAAGAGGUGAAGAUGUCAACUAAAGAGGAGACAGAGCAAGAGACAAAGAAAGAUACAGAAGCAACUACCACAGUGUCAGAAGAAAUCGAAAACGAAAACAUUAGCGAAAACGAGUUAAAUGGUGAUGAUGACGCUGGGAAAGAUGGCGAGGUGAAGGAACCCCCAGUAAAAGUGCAGUCGAAGAAAGAGAAGGAAGCAGAGAAGCAGACGGUGAUAGAAACGGGUACGGAGACGGACACGGAGACAGACACUGAGUUAUUUAAUAUGGUAGAGGCAGAGAUAAACGAUGACACAGCUGCCGAGGUAGCCAAUAAGGCAAAAGUAGUGACAGCGACAAAGAAAACGACAACAAAAACAACAGCAGCUGCAGCCAAGUCGUUGUCCAGGCGCCAUCGACUACAUCGGCAACGUCGCCGCCACAAUGCCGUCAAGCAGUCUCCUGCACACUUAAUUUAUCGUAAUUUGUAA